UUUUUUAAACAGCCACUCGUCACUGUUUAUCACACCUUUGAUUAUGAUCGGGACCCUAAAGGUUCUGCCUACUGGCGAAACCGAAUUCUCAAAAUUGCGAAAGAAGAAAAGGAUAAAAAUCCAAAAAUGAAUUUUGCCAUUAGCAACAGAGAUACUUUCUCUUAUGAAUUGUCAAAUUAUGGAAUAGAGCCACCAUUUGCUGACAAACCGUUUGUGACGAUAUUAUCAGAAAAAUAUGAGAAAUUCGGAAUGAAUCAAGAUUUCAGGAGCUUUUUAAAAGCGUACCAUGAAGAAUCGCUUAUUCCCUAUAUGAAGUCUGAGCCCAUACCAACGGAAAAUCCCGAAGCUGUCAAAAAGGUUGUUGCGAAGACUUUCGAUGACAUCGUCAAUGAUCCCACUAAGGAUGUUUUGAUAGAAUUUUAUGCUGAUUGGUGUGGCCAUUGCAAAAAUCUUAAGCCUAUAUACGAGGAUUUAGCGAACAAAAUGCAAAAUGAGCCCGGCAUUGUAAUUGCUGCAAUGGAGGCUACAAAGAAUGACGUUCCUAAACCUUAUGAAGUGCUCGGCUUCCCUACCAUAUACUUUUCGAAACGCGGCUCCAAGCACACUCCCAUUAAAUAUGAAAAGGGGCGAGAGCUUAAAGACUUCAUUUCCUAUUUAGCCUCUGAGGCCACUGAAGAAUUAUCCAACUAUGAUAGACAGGGAAAGCCAAAGAAAUCUGAGCUGUGA